UUACGUUUGAAUAAUUUUUUUUUAGGUGGUUGGUGACAAAAUGGUUUUACCUUCAGGGGUUACCAUCAACAAAAUACUUCAUACAUGCGACAGAUGCCCGUUUCAAGCUGCUAAGAAAAGUAAAAUUAUUCAGCAUAGACUGGUUGUCCACAGUACGCUGAGCCCCUACGUGUCAAAUGUGCCGAGUAAAGCCCACCGUGCUAUAAACCCCCCUCUCCUCCCAUGUGACAAGUGUGAAUACUCAACCCCAAGAUCAGAUCGACUCAAUGAACACAAGAAAAUGGUUCAUGAAGGCGUUCGGCACCACUGUGACCAAUGUGACUUUUCGACGCCACGCCGAGAGAAGUUGACAACACACAAGAUGGUCACACACGAGGGUGUACGUUUCACAUGUGAACUUUGCAACUUCUCGGCAAUUAGAAUGGACAAACUAACUCAUCACAGGAACUCUGUACAUAUAGGGAUUCGGUACCCUUGUGAUAUAUGUGGUUUCAGCAGUACACGGAAGGAUAAAUUGAAACAGCAUGUACAGAGUGUGCAUGAGAGAAUAAGUCCCGUGAAGAAGAACCUACCCUGUAACCAAUGCGAGUUUGUUGCGCAGCGUCAGGAUCGAUUGAACGAACAUAGGAAGGUUGUACAUGAAGGUUUCAGACAUAAUUGUGACCAGUGUGAUUUCUCCUCCCCCCGGAAGGAUAAAUUAUCAACUCACAAGAUGGUUAUUCACGAGGGUAUUAGGUUCACGUGUGAUCUCUGCAACUUUUCAGCCAUCAGAAUGGACAAACUAACUCAUCACAGAAACUCUAUUCACAUGGGGGUUCGGUAUCCAUGUGAUCUCUGCGUGUUCAGCACGACGAGAAAGGACAGACUAAAGCAACACAUUGAGAGUAUUCAUGAAAAGAUCAGAUAUCCCUGUGAUACGUGUGGAUAUCAGGCGGUGAGGAAGGAUAAACUAAAAGAGCACAUUAUGGUCGUGCAUCACGGCUUUAAGUUUCGAUGUGCCUUAUGCGGAGAGGAGUUUUUGCGACAGGAUAAAUUAACAAAGCACAAGAAAACUCAUAAUACACAGCUGUUGUUGCUUUAACUAACAAAUGUCCUGGAAAUAUUCAAAGAUUCCCGAUAAACAUGAGGUUUUCGUGACGAUUAUGAAAAUUUUCGAUUUUAGGCUAUUCCGGGUUGUUGUUAUUUUUAAAAAUAAAGACAAAUAUCGCAUGUUUCUCCAAUUUUGUUUUACCUACCAAGGAAUUCAGUAUAUGCCACAAACUUGAAUGUUCUAAUCCAUAUAGACUUAAACUUAGAUUUAACUGAAUUGAUAAGAAAAUCAGAGCUUGUGGUAAAAAUGGGAUUAAAUUCUGAAUAUUACCACCCGUUCAAAAGGUAGAAAUGAGAUAUAUUAUAAAAUAUUAAUUUUACAGUCAAUUCAUAAAAAGUUUUUAUCAGC